CUCAUCUCAUCUCCUCCAGCUUCAUGGAAUCCGCGUCUCCUCCCUCACAUUCAUCAUGCUCUCCCUCCAACUCAGCUUCCUCUCCGUUCUCCUCCUCUUCCUUUCCUCCAUCGCCGCAACCUCCGCAACCUCCUCCUCCACCACCUCCGCCCAACUAGAAAUCCUCUACUGGCCCCUCACCAACCCGCAACCCUCCAUCCUCGCCCAUGUCUCCUACAACCCGACUUCCCCCAAACCCGAGCUGAUGUCAUAUACCCCGCCCAAUGCCGCGGAUCGCAUCAGCCAGCAUGACCUAGUCCGCGUGGGCCUGUACCUCUCGACCCCAACGAACCCCAAACAAUGGGUCGGCACGGUGACCUCUCUUUCAACACUCCAGGGAACAGGAGCGCAAAGGCCCACGCUGCGACUGCAUCUCAGUCCCGCAACUCAUGACAUCUAUCAUGUCUCUUUGACGACCGCUGAGUCUGCGUCUGCAUCUACAUCUACAUCUACAUCUACCGAGGACGACCUCCCCGCUCUGGACGUUGUUCUUGUCCCCGGGGAACUGGGUCCAAGUCCGCAUUUGAACCGGCCCAUCGUUGUAGGUCCCGAUGGAAAGGACUCGGAUGAAUUUGUUGAGAAGACCCUAUUCCAGAAGUACUGGUGGGUUUUCCUUAUCAUUACAUUCUUAGCCAUGUCUGGUAGUGGGGAAGGGCAACAAUAAGAUCUUCUUCUUCUUUUUUUCUCUAUAUGGGUGUUUUACCCUGGGGAAUCCGGUAUGAAACUAGUUCUUGCCUGUAGAUAUGCAUUGUAAUACUGGCUGUGAUUUCCAAACGCC